CCUCUCUCUCUCUCCCUGUCUUUCCCUCUCUCUCCCUCUCGUUCUCCUCCCCCUCCCUCUCGAUAAGCUCAAUGGGGCUGUCUAUUUUUAACUUCCUGUUCUUUCCUUUUGGCCGGAUAAUCAGUGUGAGCAGAGAGCGUUCCCUGAAUGAGUGCUGGUAGCCCCGUGGAUGCCUUCUGACAUGACCAGCCGACACACAUCCCUACCAAGGUUGCCCCAGGUUUAAACCCUCCUUCUAAAGUGCCAUGUCCUGCAAAGAAAGUCCCCGAGUGGGUGUUUCCACCACCACCAUCAGCUCUGUAGCUGUGCAAGCUGGGAACUCCAAAAUCGUGAUAGCCGUUGUCAAGUGUGGCAAGUGGGUACAGCUUCAAGUGGCUGAAUCUCAGCCCAAUCUUCUAGAAAUUGGGAGCAGUCAAGAUGAAACCAAAAAACUGCUUCAUGAUCAUGAGCUUCUCCUGGCCAAGCUUAAGGCCUUGGAAGAUCGUGUGUGGGAACUCUUACAGGAAGCAGACAGGACAGCGGAAGCUAACAAAGCUCAAAGUCAGGUGUAUGAUGCCAUGGCCCAGACUCUGGGUGAAGCAUGGACAACCCUGGUCUGCAUGCUUGAAAGAAGAAGGGAGCUCCUUGAGCUGACUUCUGAGUUUUUUGAAAGUGCUUUGGAGUUUGCUAUAAAAAUAGACCAAGCUGAAGCUUUCCUGCAGAAUCCUCAUGAGUUUGGGAGCGUGGAGACCUUACAGUCACUUCUUCAGCUUCAUGACCGCCAUGCCAAAGAACUCUUAGAAAGAUCCCUAGUCCUUUUAAACAAAAGUCAACAACUCACUGACUUCAUAGAAAAAUUCAAGUGUGAUGGAUCUAAUAUGAAUUCUGAGCUGAUUCAGGGAGCUCAGAGUAGCUGUCUGAAGAUCGACAGCCUCCUUGAACUUCUACAAGACAGGAGAAGACAGUUGGUCAAGAACUUGCAGCAACAGCGGCAGGAACUGGCUCAGGUUCUACAGUUGUGUCUGUGGGACCAACAAGAAAACCAGGUUACUUGUUGGUUUCAGAAGAUGAUCAGAGAUCUGCGGGAACAGAGUCUGGGUUCGUCACUUUCCGACAACAAGGAGCUAAUCCGUAAGCACGAGGACCUGGGAGUCAGAGCUAAGGAAUGGAAUUCAGCCAUAGAGAAGCUGAAGAAUCAGGCCCUGGAGAUCCUACUGUCCAAGGACUUCACAGAAAAAGAACACCUACAGCUCUCGAACCAGAAACUGAGUCGACUGCAAGAAGAGUUUGGUCGACUCAUGGUGGGAAGAAAAGCCUGGUUGACAAUGGCACAUGACUUUUUUAACAGGGCUAAUAAGGCAUUUGAUGUACUUGGAAAAGUCGAAGCUUACCUUAAGCUCCUUAAAUCAGAGGGUUUAAGCCUGCCUGUCUUGGCAGCGAGGCAUGAGGAAUUACACAGAGAAAUUAAAGACUCCGCAGCCGAUGCUCUGCAAAAGGGACAGGCCUUAAUCAGCCAAGUAGACUCCUGCGGCUCUAAGGUGACAGGUAUCCAUGAGAUGAUGGAAUGUAUUCAGAAACGAGUGGAUCAUCUCAGCGAACAGUGCACAGCGCACAAGGAAUUGGCUCUUAAGAAACAGCAAUUAGCAGCAUCCGUGGAAGACUACCUAAGGAAGGUGGAAAUGUCAAUUCAGGAAAUCAGGCCAGUUCUUUCUAACACAUUGGACAUCGGUUCCAGCCCUUCUGAGUCUGAGAAGAUUUUGAAUAAAUAUCUGGAAUUAGAUGUUCGAGCCAAGGAGGUAGCACACACAUUAGAAGCAGCUGCAAAAAUCAUGACAGAGAAAAAUGAAUUUGGACUCAGCGAAGUGGCAUUGCUUUCUUUUAAAAUGAAAUGGCUAGAAGAAGAAUUAAACACACUUGGUCGGAGGAUCAGCUACAGGUCACAAGUCCUGCAAGCUUAUGUGGCAUUUCAAAAGUCAUCAGAAGAGGUGAAGGAGCAGCUUCGGAGACUAAAGGAAUUUUAUCAGAUGGAAAUCCCUCAGAGAGAACAAGAGGAUGCUGAAGUCAGCAGCCCUGACUCUGCUGAGAGGCAAUGGCAGCUGUUUUUAAAGAAGAGCUUUUUGACCCAAGACUUAGGGCUUGAGUUCCUUAACUUAAUAAGUAUGGCAAAAGAGAAUGAGAUAUUAAAUGUUAAAAAUGAAAUGCACAUUGUGAAGGACAUCAUGGAAAAGCAAACGACCGCAAGGGAAAAACUCGGCCAUCUUCGGAUGACAUGGUACCUCAAAGCCACAGAAGACAAGCCUGUGAGACAGAAGUGGGAAACAUUCAAAGAGAAACUUAAAAAGACUACUCACAAUGUAAAACUUCUUCAUGAAGUUCUUCUGCCUGUCUCUGCACUUGACCUUGGAGGGAGCCUCCAGACUAUGUCAGAUCUGCAAAGAAGAUGGAGUGCCAUGAAGCCUCAGCUUCAGCAACUGCAUGAUGAGGUUCAGCAUAUCAUGAAAGAAUGGGAAGUGUUAGGUGGUCAGGGAGCCCCUUCGAAGGAGAAGUCUGAACAACUGAAGGACCUUGUUCAUCUCCAUGAGAGGCAGAGAGAGCGAAUCCAGGAUUACGAGGAAAUCCUAUACAAGACAAUCCAGUUCCACCAAGUCAAGGAGGAACUGAUGCAUUUCAUCAAAUCGAGAGAACCGGAGCUUCUAGCGCAGCCCAUGGAACUGGGAGGAUCUAAGGAGAUCCAGAUGCAACUGGGCCGUUCUCAAGAAAGGCGGGCACAAGUGGAGCAUCUCCACCAGCUGGCCCUCUCCAUAGGAGGGGACAUCAUUUCAUCCUUACAACAGGCUAAUUGCUCCCAUCUUUCUGCAAAGAACCUACAGCGGCAGCUGGAGGUCCUUGAAUUGGAUAGCAUGAUCUGGAGUGCCAAUGCCAAAGAAUACGAACAGGUCCUGUCCUGCAGCUUGGAGUACUGCACCACAAGAGAUGAGAUCGAUGAGCUCAAAGAGUCAUUCAAAGAUAUAAAAAAGAAAUUCAACAAUCUGAAGUUUAAUUACUCCAAGAAAAAUGAAAAAUCUCGAAACCUAAAGACUCUUCAAUAUCAAAUCCAACAAGUUGAUAUGUAUGCUGAAAAAAUUCAGGCUUUAAGGAAGAAAAUGGAAAAAGUUAAUAAUAAAACUUCUGAUUCAUUCUCAAGUUAUCCAAGUAAUAAAAUUAACAACCUUUUGGAAGCCAUGGAGGAUUUGCAAAAGCAUGUGAAUGACUUUGACAAAGUUGUGACAGAUUACAAGAUGAAUUUGGACCUGACUGAACAUCUCCAAGAAGUAAUAGAAGAGUGUAACUUCUGGUAUGAAGAUGCAAGUGCCACAGUGGUAAGAGUUGGAAAGUAUUCCAUGGAGUGCCAGACAAAGGAAGCUGUGGAAAUCCUCCACGGGCAGUUCAAUAAGUUUGUUGCUCCUUCAGUGCCUCAGCAAGAAGAAAGGAUUCAGGAGGUCAUCGACCUUGCUCAGCGCCUAUACGGUUUGGAAGAAGGACAGAAAUAUGCUGAGAAGAUUGUCACAAGACACAAGGAGAUUCUUGAAUCUAUUACUGAAUUAUGUGGGUCUCUCGUAGAGCUUAAAGAAAAACUGAAGCAGGGAGAUGUUCCAAAGAUGAAUCCAAAGUUGGAAGCUUUCCAUGACAUUUGCAUUGACCUCCUAAAGGAGCCGGUGAGGAAUGAGCAGACACCAUUCAGUGAAGAAAAGAAUGAGGGGCAGAUGCGAGGAGAAGAUACCUUGGCCAUCCAUGGAGCCCGAGAAGAUGGGCUUCCUGUGGACUUGAGGCAGUCCUCGCCUGACAAAGAGGCCAGUGCCCCGGAUCUGAUCCUGCCGGAAGACAUGUUGUCUGGGGAGGAGUCUGAGUGUAUCUCAUCUGACGACAUCUCCUUGCCUCCACUCCCAACCAGCCCCGUCCCUCUGGCACCAUCCGACAUGGAGGUGGAAGAACCUGCCAACUCUUCCACCCUCAUGCUCCACGUCAGCGGCGGCAGGACACACGCAGGGACUGGUGUUCUAGGGGAGGCCCAGGAAUCGGUUCUCCCACCACCCGUUGCCUUUGCUGACGGGUGCCGUAACGAGAAAGACACAUUUACAAGUCACUUUGAGAGGCUCUACCCCCAACUCAAAGCUGAAUCCUCGUUAACCUCCAAAGGAUCAGUAGAGAUGAGUACCAAAUUACACAUCCAUGUGAAAGGUCCAACAAGCAUGCCCCAUGAAGUGCACGACAGAGCUUUGCAGCAAGACGCCCAGGCUCAGGAGAGCUCGCUAGAAACCCAGGAGAAAGUGCAUGCCGAUUCUAAUGUCACUAAAACCCAGGACAGGCUGCAUGAUCCCCCUGAUGUAUCCCCCGGCCUCAGCUCUCAGUCAGGCACCAGCAGGAGGCAAGCAGGUCCCCAAGGAGACAGGAAAAACUCCUCUGCAGAGAGCAGCGUGGUCAGCCUAGCUGGCCAGGCGCCUCAUUUCUCCAGGCUGCUGUCCAAUGUAACUGUCGUGGAAGGUUCCCCGGUGACUUUGGAAGUCGAAGUAACAGGAUUCCCAGAGCCUACACUGACAUGGUUCAAGAAGGGCCAGAAAUUGUGCACAGAUGGACACUUACAGGUUUUGCACAAGGACACAAAGCAUUCGGUGUUCAUUCCAAAGGUAUGUGAGGCAGACGCUGGCCUCUAUGUGGCUCAAGCCCAAAACUCUAGUGGCACCCUGUCUUCCAGUGCCAUCCUCCAUGUGACAGGUAACCAGGAGCCACCAAUCACAAGAAUAAACUGGAUUGUGCUGUGUGUCAUGUACGUCAGUGUAUCACUAAUAUACUGGCUACUUGCACAGUAGUGAGGUAUUGUCAUCAAUGGACAUUGUCACGAAGCUAAAGGACAUUGUGGUUGUUUAUUUUCUCACAUAUCACACAAAGCACCCCCCACCAAUUUAUCUCUACUCUGAUCACAUUGUUUGUUUGACUAAUACCACUGCUAGGUGAAAUAAUUGCUUUUUCUCUACUGUUUAAUGUAUUUGGGGAACAUGGGAAAUUAUGUACAGUGUAUAAUAACAUAUUUUGUACUCUGGGAAGAGAAAUAUCUUCUAUAAUAUGCUGACUCCUUGUUUAAAGGCAUGUGAAUGCUCACAUCAGCAUAGAGGUGUAAUCUAAUUUUCAAAUCCAAAUGUUUGAUAAUUUCUUUUUAACUGUGUUCAUAAAUAUCUCUUUGGAGGGCAUUACAUCAAACUGAAGUUAUGAUUUUCAAUAUUGUAUUCUCUCUCCUGUAACUGUGCUUUUCAUGUCUUGAUUUUGUUUACUGAAACAUUCUCUACAUUCAACAUACUCUCCAUUCCUGAGUCUGAGAAAGUCUGUCAAUAGCCAUCCGUUGUGUUGAUCUCUUGGGCUUGACACUGGAGGACAGACAUGCCAUCGACUUUAAAAUGGAAUUUCAACUUUCUAUUAGCUCUAUAUGCCAUAUGUCAAGAUGGAAGACAGGCUACUGGAGGGGACCAAUGUUCUUGUCCUUCUUCUGCUGUGUGUCGGCCAUUGAGUGCAUAACUGUAGACAGGUCUUCCUGCCUCUGAUGUUGCUGCUGCUGCUGAACACUUGGGGAGCCAAUUACAAGGCAUCUCAGUGCCUCACUUUCCCAUCUGGAAAGGGGGGGCUCAUCUACCUCUUGACAACUGGGUUUUUAGUUCAUGUCCUGUGGUGAUCUGGCCAAUGGAAAAGUGCUCAAUGAAAACUCAUUUUAAUGCUUGGGGUGACUUGCCAUCCUGCAGCUCCUUGUCCAUUAAUUCCCUUUCAGAUGCUGAUCUUUUGGAAUAUUAAAUGAAAAGAGUGCUGUUAAUAUGUAAUUCCCUACUACUCCCUUGGGGGAGGGUGAGACUGAUGUUCUAUGAAUUAGAGUUUAAAUUCCUUUCUAACUUCUUACAUCUACAUCCUUUUCAAAGACUUGAUGUUAACCUCAGGAGGAGAUCAUUAGGAUGUUUUAGGGGACUCUGGGUAAGACAGAAGAAGAUUAAUCCAGGCUUCUUGUGCAAUUAUCACUGUAAUGGUGAAGGAAUGGUAUACGGUCUUCAGAAAUGCAUUAUUCAGAAUGGACGAUCAUCUUUUUUGCUCCCUUUGAAAAAUAAGAGAGGAAUUUGUUUUUUAUAUUUUAAACUUUGUCUGUCUUGUUAAGGUAAAAUCUUAGGGUGAAAGAGUAAUUUAUUUCAGAUUUUUGAUGAAGGGGAAAAGUUAAUUAUGUUGCUAGAAGACUGUCUACAAAUAAUCAAAAUAUUUAAAUCUAAUAUAUUCUAUGUGGUAUUAAAAAGCUACUGAACGUCGUGGAAGAUGAGAAAUGUAUAGUUAAGUAAAAAGUUGGCUUAUUUGUGUGUCACAUAUUCAGUUUAAUUAAAAAAAUUAAAACUUUGUUUUUUUUUUCAAGUUUUGACAGAAAGCUAUUAAAAUCUUAUAUAAACAUAGCA